UUUUGUGAUGUCAUCGUGGAGACUCUGGAGAGCUCGUCAUUGUUUUCGUGUUCUACCUUCACAAACGUCUCUUUCCUUCUUUCUCUUCCAUCUCUCAAUUGUAAUUGACUCCUCUUCUCUCGAACACUUCAAUCACACUACCAACCUUUCUCAACCUCAACCGCAAAGAUGUCUUUCAGCAACACAGAUACCGGCAGCAAGCCCGCCGACCCCUACACUGCCAAGAACCUUGAGCAGCCCGACACCCUCAAGGAGAAGGUCGGAGAUCUCAUCACCUUUGUCGACAAGUCCAAGUACUGCAUGAUGACCACUCGCAUUGCCAGCAGUGGACUCCUCGUCUCGCGCUGCAUGGCCCUCGCCGCCAAGGAGGGCAACGGUAUCGACCUCAUCUUCCACGCCAACAGCGAGUCUGGCAAGACCGAUGACCUCGAGUCUGACAACGACAUCAACCUGGCCUUCCUUCAGCCCUCCGGCGAGUGGGCUUCCAUCUCCGGUAUUGCCUCCAUUGAGACCGACCGCGAGAAGGUCCGCAAGUACUACUCCCCCGGCCUCAAGGCCUGGUUGGGUGACCUCGGUGACGGCAAGCACGACGGUGGCCCUGAGGACCCCAGAAUCAUCCUCAUCAAGGUCAAGGCCAAGACUGCUCAGUACGCCAUCACCAGAUCUGCUACUGGCGCUCUCGGCAACUUUGUCGAGUUCGCCAAGGGUGUUGCCACUGGUGAGACCGCCCAGGUCAACAAGCUCAGAUACCUCGACGAGUCUGAGCUCCAGCAAUGGCGCACCUCCAGUCAAUAGGCUAAUGACUUAUGUAAAUCAAGCCUGAGAAGUGGCCAAAGAGAGCCAGCAUCAGCUACGAUAUAGCAUGACCACAAAGUAAUGAAAUAAGCAUGUUCAAACU